AUGCAGCAAGUUCCACAGGAUGCGAAAGCACUGCUAAAGCCUAUAAAUUCUUCACUGAACCUGGAUACCUCCACGAUAUUAAAAGUAAGUCUGAAAAUAGUUUUUCUAUAUUCCAUAACCAUGAAUCUUAAAAGCAGUCUUACAGGUUCAAAACCAUUUAUUUUUAUUUUUGGUAGUCACUUAUGGAGCUACCGAGGCAGUAGUGUUUGCAAGAUGCCACAGAUCCAUGACAAAAAGUGAACCAGCUCACUCACUUCAAUUGAUCAUCAUUACUGAGAAUAAGAAGGUGUCGGGAAAAUGUUCCUGUGUAGCCAGUGCUGGUGGCUUUUGUCAUCAUUUUAUUGGUUUGUUGUUCUACCUGGCACACCUGAAGCAACUAGGUUUUAAAAGCAUUCCCGAUGACCUAACAUGCACUAUGGCUGCUCAGAGAUGGAGUGUACCAAGGACGAGACAGAUUGAACCCCAGUGUGUCGACAGUGUAUUGGUUAAAAAGCCACAAGAGGGAGCAAACUACAACAAAUUUAUAAAAAAUACCCUAUACUCUCCAGCAAGGCAGUAUCCUUUGCUUGGCCCGAAGAGAAAAAUAAGCUCAAAAGUCUCAAUCCUGAGCCUUUGCUAG